AUGUAUGCCAGGUUGGUCUGUUCGUGUCUGUGGAUCCAGUCAGUUUUAACAUUGGUAGAUUGUAACUUGCAUUUAAAAUUCAAGGAAUUCGAUGAGCUGGCACCAGAUAAUUUUACCGUGGUUGUAAAAAGAGAUGCCGUUUCUAGACAAGUAAAUAGGAAAAUAGUGACUUUCUUCGCGCUGAGAAAAUAUUUUGUUCUCCAUCUCGUGCCCGGGUCACCAGUUUUACGGAAAGAUUUCCAGGCCCACAUGGUGGACGGUGACGGAAGAAUAACCCCGGUCCACGUCGAUCAGCAAAUAUUCUAUACUGGCUAUCUUAACGGCAACCCACAGCACAGUGUGGAUGCUGUACAUACGGACGACGUGUGGAUAGCUCAGAUCCACAGCCCAGACGAUGUGUAUUCCAUUGAGCCACUCACUCAUCACGUACCAGACUCGCCUGCCACUUUGAUGCUCAUCUUUAAACAGCGGGAUAUUAAUAGCUCAAUCUUCAAUGGCUACAGCCAUGAGAAUGCCACCUUACAGCCUUUCUGUGAGGAAGUGGAAUAUCCGUUGUCAGAUUCGCUUGCAGUCGAGCAAAGAAAUCACCGAAAGAAUAAUACUUUAGGAAAAACAAAUCAGUAUAAUCAGGAAGUCAAAUAUAAAAAAAGGGCCACUAAUGGCCGUGAAACAAAGAAUAUGUAUUGGGACCCUUUCCAUUCAGAAACACACUGGUCCAAAGAUCACAGGAGACGAAAUACAAAACGUGACACUUCGGCGUAUGAUACGUGUGAAAUGCUUGUCAUUGCAAAUUUCGAUACCUUCAAAGGUAUAGGACGAAGCAAUAUUUUCCGGACUGUGUCGAUCCUCGUCUACCUCUACCAGUCGGUAGAUCGAAUAUAUAGAAGCACAUCUUUCGGUAGUUUCACAAACAUGGGAAUCGCUAUUGCCAGAGUAACUGUGCACACGGACUACACGAAUGCCCCUUACCACUAUAACAUGCUCGAUGAAUCGAUGUCGGCAAUGGAUGUUCUCGCUGCAAUGACAAUUGUAUCAAACUUCAGCGACUAUUGCCUUGUGCAUCUGACCGUACAAAGGAACUUUAGAGAAGCUCUGGGUAUUGCCACGCAAGCCCGGACAUUUCACUGGGUCAGUGGAAUCUGCGGACGCUUAGCCGUUUAUCCUAGAAACAUUGGCCUCAGUACUCCACUGAACGGUCGUAAUGUCAUUCUGCCUGUAAUUUCGUAUGUGUUAUUGAUAGCCCACGAGAUUGGGCAUAACUGGGGAUCUGCCCAUGACCCAGUAGACGACCGUGAAUGCAGCCCUGCCAGCAAUGAAGGAGGAAAGUACUUGAUGUGGGCUCGUGAUGGACCUUCAGACACUCUCAAUGCUGCCAAGUUUUCACCUUGUUCUAGAAGGGAAAUUGCCAGCGUACUAGAUGUGAAAGCCCAUUUCUGUUUCAAGACUCGAAGCCUUGCCGAGCAAGUCUGUGGCAACAACAUUGUUGAGCCUGAAGAAGACUGCGAUGCCGGAAACUUGAAAGACGACCCCUGCUGCACCAAGCGCUGCAGAUUCAACGGCAAUGCAGUCUGUUCUCCGUUCAAUCAUCCAUGCUGCACCAACUCAUGCCAGAUAGCGCCCCCGACGCAGAAAUGCUUCGUUGAUAUCCAAGAUUGUCUCGAAGACGCAUUUUGUUCGGGCACCGAGUCUCAUACUUGUCCUGAACCACGACCUCUGCCGAAUGACUCCCCUUGUCAAAGUCUGGGUAGAUGCUGGCACGGGAAAUGCGUGUCCUUCUGUGAGCUGUUAGGCUUGAGUUACGAGCCUACUCGUCGUCUUCUCGAUUGUGUAUGUGACGAAGACCGUACAACAAUGUGCGAGCACUGCUGUUGGGAACCGGUGGGUACCCAAGAAUGUAUCAAAAUGGGAGGGACCAAAAUAGAUGGCGCGCCAUGCAUGAUGGGCAUUUGUGAAAAGGGCGUAUGCGUGGACAGACAAAUAGAUCAAACUUUCAAUUUUGACGACUCAGAAUUUGCAAAAAUACCAAACGACGUUAGUCAGUUGAGGUGUGCCGAUGAUAUAUUUCUAACUAGUACUGCUGUCUGUCUUGGAUGGUUGAUGCUGAUUCUGUAG